UUAAACUUUUCCUGACGUCGGAGCUAAAAGGUUGGGUACCGGAACUACUUAGUUUGACCGGGACCGGAUGUACUUUUAACUGGUGCACCGCGCUCUGCGCUCCGUCCAGUGGGUGGCAGCCCCCCCUUUUCUGACCCCCCGAAGUCCAAAACAACCGUCUGCGCUGUGAUGGACGCGGGGGCCCGGCCCCCCCGGUGCCGGCGGCUCUGUGUGGCAGAGACUGAGCUGGACUUCCCGGGUGAGACCUACUCCGUGUCGGUCCUGAAAGUGGGCUACUGCAUCCCCCAGGCGGGGGGGACGUUCAGGGCCGACGGGACCAUCACGCUCAUCACCGGGCCCAGGACCGUGCUGGUGGACACGGGCGGGCCGUGGGACCGCGACUUCCUGCUCCGCUCAUUAAGGGACAGGGGGGUCCAGCCCGGGGACGUGCAGCUGGUGGUCGGAACCCACGGCCACUCCGACCACAUCGGAAACCUGAGUCUGUUUCCCUCCUCCCUCACGGUGGUAGGAUAUGACGUCAGCGAGGGGGACACGUACCGGCCCAACGGGCUCGCGGCCGGCCGGCCCUUCCGCCUGGACGAGUGUCUGGCGGUGCUGCCCACCCCGGGCCACUCGGGGCAGGACGUGAGCGUGCAGGUGCGGGGGACGGCGGCGGGGACGGUGCUGGUGGCGGGGGACCUGUUCGAGUGCUGCUCUGACCAGGACCGCUGGAGGGACGUGAGCCUGGACCCCGCCCUGCAGGAGGGCCACCGCCAGCAGGCCCUGACCACCGCCGACCUCAUCAUCCCCGGACACGGACUGCCUUUCAGAGUGGUCAGGGACUGAGGAGGAGCCCUGCAGAUGUGUGGGAUGACUCCCGGCUGAUAGCGUGUUAUCAGGGUGAGGGCUUAUGUCCAGCAGGUUGUCCACUGGGACGUUUCACUGGAAACACACGCGGACACACAGCUCUGGUCCAGCUCCUGUCAUCCAUCUCUGUGACAAUACAAAUCCAAUCAAUCACAUGUGAGCAUGACUCCUCCUGGAGGAAGUUCAGGCGUGUGUGGCUAUUCUGUCUUUAUUACCUGUGGUGAGCUAAUCUUUGAACUUUAAUCCAAGGUUCCACUUGUUCCAGUCGUCUGUUAAUAAUCAUUAGAAAUCUUUACAUAUUAGGAAAUCUGGAGUUAGAAAAAGGGUCUUCAGAAGUAAAUUAUAUUAUAAUACAUAUGAUCAGAAUAGUGUAGUAGUAUAUUAUACUCUAGGGUUGUCAAGAAAAUUUCAACUGGAUACAGAUACUCAGGAAAAUACUCGAUACUCGAUACCAUUUUCGAUACCACAAGGAUAAAAACAAAAACCCCAAAAUUUAACUGAAUUGUGUCUUUCAUUCUGACCUGUUACUGAUGUUAUCGUGACUGGUGGCCCGCAUUAAUGACCCUAACCCUAACCCUAACCCUAACC